AUGUACUGGGGUAAUUAUGUUAGAAUUCUUUUCACUGUGACUCUGGUCUGGCAGGCUGUGCAUUUAGGAAAAGGCCGUGAAAAAGAAGAACUUGAAGAUGUGAAAAUUCUCAAUGCCACAGCACAAAAGCAGCAGCCCAAGAACGAAGGAACUACUAUAAACGCUUUCAGUGACAUGAAUCAGAGUUAUGAGAGCAGAAAGGAACAGAAUUCCCAGGCAGUGGUACCUUUUACUGGGAUUACAGAGAGUAAAAAACUGAAUAGACAUUGCUGCCAAAACGGAGGGACCUGUAUCCUAGGGGCUUUCUGUGCCUGCCUUAAGCAUUUCACUGGCAGAUACUGUGAACACGAUGAGCGGCAAAGCAACUGUGGCAGCAUUGCCCACGGCGCCUGGGUGCUGAAAGGCUGUUGGCUGUGUCGGUGUGGAUAUGGUACUCUGAACUGUCUCUCAGAAAUAAUGCACAAUAACUGUGAACUGAAAUCAGAAAAUGAAGAAAUUACCAGCCUGUUUUCUAAUGGGCUAAGAAUACAGCAAACAGUGUUUGCACUUGCUUGCCUGCUCACCAUCCUCCUGGAGCUCUGCUUUUGGCAGUUGUGA